AGUCGGUAGUAUUAUAAUUAUUAGUCACCUUGGAAUGAAUGGACAAGAGAAACGCCGUUUAGGCCUUCCAAGUGGCAUCACCCUUGGUAUUGUCAAAAGAGAUGAUGAUGUUAUUAUUAUAUACAUAAACAAAAAACAAAGGAAAGAAAAUAUGUUACAAGAGAAAAUCGAAAAAUAAACUUAAUAAUAACUUAUUAUCAAGUGAUUUUGAAGUCAGUGAUGUUUGCACAUACUAUAUUAUAAAAUAAAGUUAUGAGAAUUGGUGUUUUUUAGCAGUGUAGAAAGGCCGGCGGUGUUGCAAGCAGAUACUUACAGGUGGCAGUCAUUCAUUCAUUCAACUCAGCCUUUGCUUCAUUCCAUCUUGCAGCAAUCCUCCACCGUGUGAUCUCAUCCUCAUCCUCCACUAUAAAUAUGCAAUCAAACCAACCUUUGCUUCUUCCAUGUCCAAGCCAGAGGGAGAGUAGUUGACAGUUGAAAAAGCGUUUGGUUUCCAUUUUGCCUCUGCUAAGUUAGUGCUGAAAAUGCGUGAGAUUCUUCAUAUUCAAGGAGGACAGUGUGGAAACCAAAUAGGAACGAAGUUCUGGGAAGCGGUGUGCGAUGAGCACGGGAUUGACCCCAUAGGACAAUACAUAGGGAACUCCAAACUUCAACAACUCGAAAGAGUGAAUGUUUAUUACAACGAGGGAUCCAGCGGUCGAUACGUGCCUCGAGCAGUGCUAAUGGACCUUGAGCCUGGCACCAUGGAUGCCGUCCGGACCGGUCCUUAUGGACAGAUCUUUCGUCCUGACAACUUUGUAUACGGCCAAUCCGGUGCUGGAAACAAUUUCGCCAAGGGUCAUUACACUGAGGGUGCUGAGCUCAUUGACUUUGUCCUUGAUGUUGUCAGGAAGGAAGUUGAGAAUUGUGAUUGCUUGCAAGGAUUUCAAGUGUGCCACUCCUUGGGAGGAGGAACAGGUUCUGGAAUGGGAACCUUGCUCAUUUCAAAGAUCAGAGAGGAAUAUCCUGAUCGAAUGAUGCUCACUUUCUCUGUCUUUCCUUCACCAAAGGUGUCAGACACUGUUGUUGAACCUUACAAUGCAACACUUUCUGUUCACCAAUUGGUGGAGAAUGCCGAUGAGUGUAUGGUCCUUGAUAAUGAAGCACUCUAUGACAUCUGCUUCAGAACUCUGAAACUCACCACACCAAGUUUUGGAGAUUUGAAUCAUUUGAUAUCAGCAACAAUGAGUGGAGUAACUUGUUGCUUAAGAUUCCCGGGUCAGCUGAAUUCAGACCUACGGAAGCUAGCAGUGAACUUGAUUCCGUUUCCACGACUUCACUUCUUCAUGGUGGGUUUUGCUCCUUUGACAUCUCGAGGAUCGCAAAAUUACCGUGCACUUACUGUGCCAGAACUUACACAACAAAUGUGGGAUGCCAAGAACAUGAUGUGUGCGGCAGAUCCACGCCAUGGCCGUUAUUUAACAGCCUCAGCGGUAUUCAGAGGGAAAAUGAGCACAAAAGAAGUCGAUGAACAGGUGCUGAAUGUCCAGAACAAGAACUCUUCUUACUUUGUUGAGUGGAUUCCCAAUAAUGUUAAGUCCAGCGUCUGUGAUGUCCCGCCGACAGGCCUUUCCAUGGCCUCGACUUUUGUUGGUAAUUCCACAUCUAUACAACAGAUGUUUAGGAGAGUGAGUGAACAGUUCUCUGCCAUGUUCAGAAGGAAAGCUUUCUUGCAUUGGUAUACUGGAGAAGGAAUGGAUGAGAUGGAAUUUACUGAAGCAGAAAGCAAUAUGAAUGACCUUGUAGCGGAAUAUCAACAAUACCAAGAUGCCCCUGUUGACGAUGAUGGCGAUGAUUACCAAGAAGAAGAAGAAGAAGAGGGUGAUCAAAUUUGAAGAUGAUCUUCUACAGACUUGAACGCACAAUGCAAGGAAUGUUUUUUUUGGAUAAUAAUCUAUUCAAGUUCUUUGGUUUUCUAAAUGUAUGGUCAAGUUUGUGGUUUGUUGUGGUUGUAGCUGGUGGUGGUUCUACUUGUUUUAGUACUAGAUUUGUUGUACUGGAUUGGGAUAUUUAGUUUCCUUCUUGGCUUGUUUUUGGUAUCUGUUUUGAGAGCUACUUUUAUCUUCCCCGUGUUUCUAAAAAUCACACCCUGUCGGGAAGAAUACAAACUGUGUUUUGGGCAAAAAACUGUGUUUUUCUGGAAGUGUACUUUUGAAAUAUAUUUGGGAUGGAAAAAGAAGCUCAUUUGUUUUAGACUUUAGUUCAACAUGUACUGUGGACUAAUUACAUAAUCCAGCAGUAGUUUAUUCUGUUCAAGUGUUUGCAGCAUGAUUCAUAAAUUUAAAAAUAUAUCAGUCCUUUUGUUAA